AGUAUUUCUAAGAGCAUGCUCAAUAAAAACCCAGUGUGUGUCACUGGACCUAAUGUGAAUUAUAUGAGAAAUAAUUAUGGUCCUGAUUCUGUGUCACAAUUGCUGCGGUGGGUGACGGAGUGUGGCUUCCCAGAUGGCGGCAGUUUUAGCUUGAAGCAGUUAGAUUUGCUGAAAGGUAACCUGACCCAAAUGGAAAGAGAUAAUGUUGGGAAGAAGAAGAAGAGCAGGGUAGAAAUAAACUGGACAGCUUUUCACUUGUGGAAGUUAGAGGCUGAAAAAAGGUUUCAAAAAGCACAAUGUACUCCAAAGAGAGCAUCUAUACAAUAUGUACAGAAUACACAAAGUACAAUAAGUAACUCACAAAGUCUCCAGUGUCUUAAGUCUUUUUCAGAUGAUCCUGACCUGGAUGGACCGCCUCCUCGACCACGUCUGGCAGCGGCUGCGUCAUGUCGACAGGUGUGCGCAGAUCUGGAGCCAGCUCGUGUGGAGCCGAAGGAGAGUCCACUGCCUCCACCGAAGGCAGUUAAGGCUGACCCACCCUCUCCACCGAUCGCGGAUCGUACACGCCAGAAAGACAAGCAAAAGGAGACUACGGAUCUUGAACCUGUCAGAGAAGAGGCUUCGAUUCCAGAGGUCAACGAGAAACUUCAGAGUGUGAUUACAAUGCCCAUGGUGGAAGUAGCAGGGCCGGAUGGAGACCCUAUGUUAGUACACCGUCCGUGGACACUAAAGGACAUUGAGCAUGCUCAUGAGCACCUCCCUGACCCGAGAGAAGUGGGGGGGAAAAAGUUUGGUGUGGAGUUGGAACGUUUCUGCAAAGAAUUUCGUCCCACCUCUCUUGAACUGAGGCGCCUGCUGGGAAGAAAACUAGCAUCUGACAUAACGCGGAUUAAGUAUGAAUGGCCGGAUGAAAAUCUGUGCAUGAGACAUCCAGAUCAUGAGAGCGGGAGGAAUGCGACGUACUAUAACUUCGUAACGGAAUUACGUGAAGCGUGUUGUGAGGCUUUUCCAGUGAAGAUGGAUAUGACAAAGAUUGCGCUGUGCAAACAGCAGGACAGCGAGACAGUUGCGCAAUAUCUUCAUCGCCUCACGGAAGUACACAACGCGCACAGCGGCCUUACUGCCCCCGAGAAUGAGUGAGGGGGUAGUGACCGCAUACGAGGCGCAUUUGAGAAACAGUUUCAUGAAUGGACUGAUUCUGGAAAUAUCUGACAAGGUGAAAAACCUAUGCAUCACGUGGGACACUGGAAAGCUGAGCCUUAUCGAACAACAUGCUCUGCAUGCGGAAAAGCUGCUCACGCAAGCCAAGCAAGAUCAGGGAAAAAAGAGAGAAGAACAAACACACAAAGUUCAGCUGACGAUGAUGCAAGCCAUGACGAGAUCUCAGACACAAUGGAGAGGGACUUCCACAUAUCGAGGAAGAGGGCGAUAUCAAGGAAGGGGGAGAGGAAGAAGAAGAGCCAGAGGCGGAAAAGAAUAAGGGGGAGAGAGAGGAUGUUUUGUUUGCGGAGGACAAGAUCACUGGGCAAGGGAAUGCCCUAAGAGACAUGAUGAGGAAACUGCAUGACCAUCAACAUCUCAGGUCGAGGAGGUCUGUCCUGAAGGGAUGGCAGGUGAAGGAAGCACUGCCUAAGGUGACGCAAACAGAUCUGCACAGUCUCAAACCAGGUGACUGGGUGGUGGUGAAGGAUUUCAGGAGGAAAAGCUGGAGAGCCAGGCGGUGGCUGGGACCAUUUCAGGUACUUCUGACCACACAGACUGCGGUGAAGGUUGCAGAGAGAGCAACGUAGAUUCACGUUAGCCACUGUAAGCGGGUUCCUGAGCCAGAGGAAAAACCAACACCCGACAGCUGCAAAGAGGAAUGAGAAGGGGCAUCAGGGCACACGGUGACGUGCUAGUAACCUCUCCCGUGAGCUCCAACUGACUUUCCACGACGCGUAUAGUGUCUGAGUCAGAAGAAAACCCUGAUACAACGCAGCAGCCGACACCGAGAAGGAGCAGCGUCAUCUGAAGGAGUAACAUCGACACACACACACACA